UUCUGUCUUUCGCAGAUCGAAAAAUCCCUCACCGACCAAUACGUUGGCAGCAGCCGUUCAAUUUUUCACAAGGGCGAAGUUCUAUAAUUAUACAUAAUUGCACGCUUUCCACUAAACAUUCAACAUCAUAUGUGUCAGAGAUGCCACUGAUUGAAGGAAUAGGCGAUGAAGUGACCAUUGUUAUUUCCAUCCUCAUGUUGGUAAUCACCAUGGCCGUAGCAUGGAUCUCGACACUGGUGAGAGAUCGCCCGGCUACAUCCCUUACCUUCACCAGAAAUGAGUACUUGGAUCAAGAGCUCAUUCAGGAAGAUGAGCUGCCAGAGGAGGUUUACAACAGCAACAUCACUCGGCAUGAAAUUGAGAACAUCGUAGCUGACACCAACCAAGGCGUAGAGAAUACUGGAGAAGAGACUGUUUCAACUGAUUCAAAUGAGGAUGACACAAGUAAUGAAUCUUUGACAAAUGGAGCUCAAAUUAUAAACGAUGCUUCUGAAGACAGUACAAUGCAAUGUUUAGCAACAAACGAUAUUGAAAAUAAUCAGUCGGAAAUUAAAGACCAAAGUGAUACUUUUGUAAAAAAAGAAGAUAAUGAUAAAGAAAAGUCAAAAAAUGAAACCGUAUGUAGUGAAAACAAUGAAGGAGAUAAGAGAGAUGAAGCAAGUAACCCUUCUCAAAAUGUGGAAGAAUUAUCUUCAUCUGAACAAACAGACUCAACUUCACAGGAGCAUAAUUCAUCUACAACUAAUGUUGAUGUGAUAAGAAUACGGUUGAAAUUUUUGAAUGAAAGUGAACGAACUGUUAAUGUAAAUCCCAACGUCACCUUGCUUCAAUUCAAAAGGGAUACAUUUGUUGAAGAGACAAGCCAAGGAUUUACUUUACGCCUGAUCUUAAACGGCCAUCUGUUACAAGAUGACCAGAGGACGUUAGCACAGCUCAACAUCAAUAACAAUUGUGUUAUCCACUGUCAACUUUUACAGGCGGACAGCAUUACAAAUACCGCCCCCAAUGUCAUCAACUCGGAACUGGAUAUUGGACAAGUUAUGAUUCCAAUGUUUGCAGUGCUUUUAGGCUUAGUAUGGUAUGUAAGGUUAGAGUAUAGGCACCUCUUCAAUGCUACCUCUACUCUAUCCUUACUAGGUGUCAGUGUUUUAUUCUUAUUGGCUGUCCUAGCCUCUUGGAGAUCCUAAUCUAAAUAACACUUCAAAGUAAGUUGUUCAGAAGUCUCAAGAUUGUCGCAUCCAGGAGUUCUGUUUAACAUGUUGGCUGUCAGAGACGCGUAUACUCGUCUCACAGGGUGUUGCUUCUUUGUUAUACAUUGUAGGACCACACAUUCAAUGGCUGGUAGUUCGGGGAAGAUACACCUAGAUGAUAAAGUACAAAUGAUGUAUGUUUAUUGUGUUAUGUUGCGGGGACACCCUUUGAACAUAUACAGCCCAUGCAAAAAGCGGACGAGAUAACUUGCACUUGGCAGAGUCAAUGAAUAGUGAUGUCGCAGUGCUGUCGACAAGUUUACUCCCCCCCCUCCCAAUAUUUUCCCGCCAAUUUAUUAGACACAUCAUUUUGAUGAUAUAUGACUAGAUAAAAUUUUCAGAAAAGUAUGUUUGUACAUGUAAAAUUGUUUUUGCAGACAGGAAGGAACCUUAAAAAAAAGGUCUGGCAGUGAAUGUGUUCAACAAGCUUUCUUAGCACAUCUAAUUUAUUUUUGUGUGCAUGGAGAUACCUAUUUCCGUGACACAAUUGAUAAAUAAACUAGUAUUAUGAAUUUGCGGAAGAUGGGUCAUUUUUCUGGAGAUUCAUGCAUGACUGCGGGAGGAAUCCCAAUUUCCUGGUGACUUGGUACCCAGCUUGGGACCCUGGGUUGUUGACAUUUUUUGUUAAUGUAGAAGCGACUGACACAUUGGUUGUGGCUUGGACUCCCAACAUUGAGGUUCAGGGUUCGAAACUCUGGCUGUGCAAGUCGCUUGUGUCCUUGGGCAAGGCACUUUACCUACGGUUGCCUCUCUCCACCCGGGAGUACAAGUGGGUACCUGGUAGGUUCAAACAGCCAUGCGCUGAUUGCAGCUGCAACAUUAUGGAAUUCUCACAAGAGGCCAGAGUAUGUGUUCCACCAUUUGUGCUUGAUCGAGUGACCUGGGGUAAUAAUGCAAAGCGCAUAGAGGUCUCUACAAUAUGUGCUAUAUAAGUCGCCAGUUAUUAUUAUUAAUAACAAUUUUAUUUUCUAUAUUAGUUUACUGUAUAUAAACUUUAAAUUAUGCUAUUUAUCCCAGUCAUAUGAUUAUCAACAUUAUAAUUAAAAAUCUAUACAGUACUGUACAUUAAUAUUGUUAAAGUUAUUGUUAUUUUGUUUUAUUGUAUUAUGCUAUCAUUAUUGAUGUUAUUAUUAAAAGAUGACAAAUUUCUCAAAAUUUUUUUUCUCGGAAGGCAAAUGUAUAUUGUUUAUAAAUAAAACACUUGUAAAGGAGCUUUUAAAUGGUCUGUAUAAAGAGGGCAGCAGACUUGUAAUUACCAAAACAUAAUGGAUUCGGUACAUUUCAUCAAAGUGCACUUUACAGUAAAAUUCUCACCGACACUUUAAUGAAAUAAUGACCCAGCACCUCUACAACAUCCUUACUGUCAAGGCAACGUACUGUCUCUAGUACAUAUAAUUAUGCAAUAUAAUUUUAUACACAAUCAUGUGAAAACUAUUUUUAAUUAUCUGUACUGUAUUGACUUAUGUAAAGUUGUGUUAGUUUUUAUGGGGGGGGGGCAGGCACUAUUUAUUAUUUCGAUUAAAGGGAAGUACCUCUAAUAAAUCACAUAUUCCUAAACAUUCAACAAAAAAGUUGAAAAUGUAAUGGACAGAUGCAGGAAUAAUACACAUUAUUUGAAAGUUAA